AGUCUAGAGUCUACUACUUUUUGCCUUUUUGGUUGGAAUAACAUCAUGGGGAGUUCAGUCUUCACUCUCUUCAGUCUUGUAGUCUACGGUCUGGUCUUUCCUUCGCGCCAACCGAGCUAGGUAUUAUAGCGAUUAAAGAUUGAUAGAUUGAUUUAAUCGUUUAAUGCAGAAUUCAAGUUAAAUACUAUUCUUAAUGUUUGUCCUGCUUUGGAUAGAUAAGAUUAAGUGUGUAUACAAAUUCUUUCUUUAUUGAACAGUCAACAAAAAUGACAAACAUUAAGUGCUUGUGUGCUGUAAUACUCUUGACCAGUUGAUGGCCUAAAAAGUUAUUUCGCAAACAGUCAGUGACAUCCUAACACAUCCAAAUCAAUUCUAUGCUGAGUGACACCAAAGCAUUAAACAAAACACAGCUACCAGAGAAAUAGCAGAAUGUCAGAAUUGUCGUCUUUAGGCAGUAAAUGGGAUGCAAAAUUUGCUUGCUUCUUCCUACAGAAGUUUAUUGAUUCGAGGUUGCUGUUGAAUGAUAAUACAGCUUUGGGUGCAGUUGAACAUCUUAAGAAUCUUUCAAAAUAUUUUGCUCAGCAACUUGUGAACACCAAUGCCUUGAACUUUGAACCAUGCUUUGAACUGAGCGAAAUAGAUGAAGAACUCUUGGAGCAGCAAUGGCUGAAAAUUGUGAAUUAUGAGAACUGUAAUUUGCUACCAUCCAGUAUACUUCAUGUCCCCAAAAACAGCAGUGAGCUAAAGGCUUGUCUGGUGAAUAUUGGCACUUAUAUAAUGUUCAAAAGUAAGCGUCGCUCUAAUGACCUUAAAUUUGCGAUGGACAUUCUUUCUUUGGCCCUCGGAACUGUCCGAGUCUGCUUUCAAGAUGAGCUGAUUGAAGAAGCUGACAGACUUUUGAAACUUGCUUCUCAGUCAAUUUGCCCUCGGAUGAACGAUGAAACAGUUUACGACUUUACUGCACCACGCAUAGAGGAAUUAGAAGAAACAUUCGAAUCUUGCCGCAGUUCACUCUUUGUCUAUCGCGUUCUCGGUUUCUACAGGAAAAACCAGUUCAAUGACAUAUUAGGAUUGUUGGGGAGUACCAAGCAAGAGCCUGUAAAAUUUGAGAUGGAUCAAUCAAAUUCACUUUCUCGAGUAUGUUUUAAUGUCGCACAUGGAAUGUUCUAUCGAGAAGACUUUGAAGAGGCCAUUAUCUGGUUGAAAUUCGCCCAUUCUUUUGGACAACAAGAUAAGGAACGACCAAUUAAAGAUAGUUGUACCGACGAUGCCAUCACUUUACUGGCAGCUUGCUACAUGCAUCUUAACCUGUCAGAGGAUUGGCCUCGAAUUAUCGAAAUUUUGGACUUUGGAGAUGACACUGUUGAGAACUUGGAGCUAAGGUUGCAAACACUACUAGUUAGUGGAAAGGACAUCCAUUCGAUUAAGCAGUAUCUUUCGAAAUACUUGGCUCUCCGAUAUAGAGAAGAUGGCAUUGGUCAAAUAUCAGUGAAAUUGGCUGCCGAUCAAUUGUUUUGUUUGAUCGAAAAGCAAAAAGGUAUCACUUUCCUCAUGCAGCUACUCCGCGAAAUCCCCUGGAAAGAUGAUGAGAUAAUGACCGAUAAAAGUGAUUGGAAAACUGAAUGGUCCCAUGUCGAAAGCAUCAAGUGGAUUUGUGCUAAAUACGCCACACGUUAUUUCAUGGCUGAAGAUCGAACUGACGACCUGUUUAAACUUCUUUGUGAUAUUCAGCACUGGAAUGACGAAAAUGUGAACAGUGAGUUGAUUUACGAGAUAUUGUAUCUGUCUGAGGGUGAGGCUUUAAGACUAAUUAACGACGAAGGUAAUGUGGAGGCUUCCUUGCGUUGGUAUGAAAUAAUCGUUCGAUUUGCCAAUCGCCAUGGAAUCGAUUCUACGGUUAUAUGGAACGCGAUGACUUGUUUGUUACAACUUCCUCAUGAUACAGGAUAUCAAAGGGCUGAAAAGCUGUCGACUCUGAUUCCGGAAUAUGACUCAUGGGCUGAUCAGGAUCCCCUUUGUAUUCGAUUGCAAAUGGCACUAAGAGCUCAAAACUACGAUAAAGCGCUACAGAUCACUGCGGAUUUAGAUAAUCUGGGAGAAAAUAACGAUUGGGAUAAAAUCCAACGAGCUAUAAGUCGUAGCGCGUCAAUUGCUCGGGACAACGGGUUUUAUAUUCCCAUGCUCAACUACCUCGAGACAGCAGCACAAAACUGCAAAAUUUCGUUUAUGAAGGCCAUAUUGCUACGCUUUGUAUUAAGAUUCCAAAUGGAAAUGUUAAAUAAAGAAGCGGAGGAGAAGAAGGAAAUUAUGUUGACGAACAUAUUGUCCACCAUCGCUGCUGCCUAUAUUACCACUCGUGAAGCUCAGUCAAGUGACCCCUUUCUCGUUGAAAUACGGAUUUGGUUCGCCCGAACAUCCUGGAAUUUGGGGCGUAUCGGAAACAAACAAUCUGCUUAUUUUCGUCAUCAUCUGUUUAAGCUGUCGGGCCAGUUUUUUGCUUUGGAAACAUGUUGGAUGAAAGAGAUGAAAACUGCGAUGGUCAGAGCGAUUGAGGCCACCUUUGACUUUGGUCCCAAUCACAAACGAAUCUCCUACGUGCGUAUUCUAGAGUCCGCCCUUGAUGUCGUGAAUGAAUUUUACCAACAUGCUAAGGGUUCGGAGCACGUCCAGCUAAUCCAAUUGAUGGAAAUUCACGCACUGUGUGAGUUGGCAAAAGACUGGCAAAAAGUUGAAAAACUGUGUCACAGCUAUUUUGACGAUAAAGAUGUCAAUCCCAAACAUGACGCUGACUUCUUUCUUAGUCUGGCCUCGAUCAUAAUCAGUACCAAAGAUGCCAAGAUCUGUGAAGUCGUCACGAGUGAGUGCACAGAUGACAUAUUCGAGAGGAAAAAAUUGUCCGCACAGCAGCAAACGCGUUUGACGAGUUUAGCUGCUACGAGCCUGGAAAAGGCGAUCGAUCUGUCAACGUCAUCAGGAACUCUCCCCUCCUCGAAGAUAAUUCCCCUUUGUCAAUGGAUCGUUGGUGUCUUGUUUAACUCUAGUACCGUUCGAGAAACGUCUACCCUGAAGGAACAUUUAUCAUUGCUGGACAAACUAGCGCCCCGGUUGCGGUCGACCGACAUUCCUUUCCCCGAAAUUCAUUGGAUUUUUAAGAAGAUUUGGAAUACGACUUUGCAGUGCUCGGAUCAGAAAUUCAAACAGCAAAUGGCGAGAUGGCUGGCUGAGAGUUUUAAACAAUCGCCCCACUACCCUAAGUUGAUGGAUUUGUUUCAGCCGCAAUUUGAUUACGUGUCUGUUCUUUGGCAGUGAGUUUGUCCGGUAAGAGUGCAAUUUUCUUCGGUUUCAUUUUGGAUUUUCUUUUUCAUGUUAAUAGACUUAAGUCCUGCGUU